AUGGACUCGGCAGCAAUCCAAGGCAGCGCAAGCCCUGUGGCUAGCUCCUUAACUGCACCCGAAUCCUCAUCCGCUCGAGUACAGCCACGUUCGCCCAUCGUCCUGUCCGAAGCCUGGAAACAACUCCACCUCAGCUCGCCUUCCUACUCGUCGGCUAUUCCUCCAUCACGCAACGUUGCAUCGUGCUCACUUCUCCACCAGAGCUCGAACUCGAACAAAAGCAAUGAUGACGACGACUCCUCUUCCGAUGAUGGCUUCCUCUCAGAUCACAGCGAGGACCUUCAUCCCGAAACCGGCUUCGACCCUUUUCUUGCUGCCACUCGUAGAGCCAGAGAACGCUCCAGCUCGUCGCUCAUCGCGCCUCAGGCAGAUCCACCAACCCUUUCGUCUUCCGCUGAUCCUUUCGCAUCUGACUCUUCGCCUGCGACCUCGGAGGAACAUGUAGCAUCGGACGAAGCGACGUUCAAACAUCAGUGCGACCAGCGCAGACAGCAGCAAGAGCAUCGAUGGUCCCAAAUCGCAAAGUUCUGGAGCAAAGUCGUAGAUGAGGCCAUGUUCCAACGAAAGCAAGCUAAGCAAGGCACAAUCGACCUCAGCUGCAAGAACAUCACCGACAUCCUCCCUACCAUUGCCGAUCUUUCCCGCUUCGUCGCCCUUCCGCCUCCUCGCUACGACCGCGACGAUGAAAACCAACCUCCUUCUGCUAUGGAGCCCCAAUGCUUGCUUCAGUCCAAAACAGGCGGUCUUGUCCGUCACGAGUCCUACCUUGCUCCUUUUAGUGCUCACAUUCACAACGAGAUCACUUCUUCGCGGCCCAGUCAUGCGCCAGCCAAACGUAUCCUCGCACGCAGUCAAUCCGCUUUUCAACCCAGUUUCAGUCGCGCCCAGUCCUUGGCGCGCAACCACAGCGCUGCAAGUGCACUCAGCUCCCAUUCAGCAGACUCUUACCGAGACUAUCGCGACCGUCAGGCAACACUCAGCAUCUUCCUCGGCUCCAACGCUCUCACCAAAUUACCCAGCGCUCUCUUUCAGCUUCAGAAUCUUCGUGUCUUAUCGUUGCGUUCCAACAAACUCAAAUUCCUUCCGCCUGCCAUCGGUGACUUGCACAACCUCUCCGAGCUACACAUCCCCAACAACGAGCUCCAAUACCUUCCGGCGGAGAUUCUCCGUCUCAAGCUGGAUGUCUUUACCUGGUUCCCGAACCCAUACUUGAUCAAACCACCAAAGUCGGGCGUUCUCACGGUUCGUCCGCUUCUAUGUCACCGUGCAACGCGUAUCCGUCAGCAACACUCGCUCAACGAAUUUGCAGAUCUCGACGAUAUUGGCGAAGCUGAUGAUGCGUUUUCUACGACACCCGUCAGAAACAAACCCGACACCCAGGGUGGCAGUGCUACUUUGAUACACGCACCACAGCAGCCUCCACCUUUAAUUCGUGCCCCUGCGCCCACCUCUUCACGCCAACAGCGACGGUGGGAUCGCACACGAUCCGAGAUGCAGGUCGAGAGCUUCCUCGCCAGAGGCGUCAAUGAGCUUGGUGGCAGCAUCUUUGCAACGAUCGGUGAGCAGGAUCACAGCAGCGAUCAUAGCGAUAGCAUCGACGCAGCCAACGCUACUGCAGAUGCUGACGAUACGGCAUCGCAGCUGCCUAUCAUCCCAGGGUCUGCAGCUGCUGAUGCAUCGGCUGCAACGGAAACGGAUGCUUCUAACGACCGCGAACGUCAACGUCAGCAAAUUCUCGAAGCCGCGUUCGAGGACCAAGACGGCGCUGACCUCUUUGACCUAACACCCUCAACAGCGCAAGGCGCUGCCACCCGCGGCAAAGUGGCAGGUCGGUCUCGAGUGCUUGGUAGCAAAAACGUCUUUGGGAUCCCCACCCUACAAGAGCUCUGCAUUCGUAAGCUUCUGAGCCCCUACGAUGUUGUCCAAGCCGAGGCGCACAGAAUCGCGUCCCCGUUCUUGUCUCCCAUCGUACAAACUUCUGGCGGGCCUCGACGUCGUCGAAGCAGCCAGGGCAGCAGGUCAAAUUCGCACGCUGGCACACCACUAUUCGAAACACUGUUGCACAAACGUUCUACUUCGUUCGGCUCAAACGCGUCGCGCACCAAAAGCUUCAGCUCUAAUGGAGGACCAGAAGACAGGACGUUUGGCAAAAGAAUCCCGACCCUGCUCGAGGCAUACGAGAAUGGAACGCUUCAGAGCUUGCUCGGCGAGUUGGGACACGGUUUCGUUCCCAUGCUAGAGGCCGCCAGACGCAGCGCCACCAAUGACUGGGGCACAAAGGCUAGAAUGCGCAGCAAUUCCACUGCCGCCGCCAAGAUGAAUAACUGGGCGCGUAAACAGUCGGUGGUAGGUGCCUUCCUGAAGGACACUCUUUCGGAAGCAAACGGGCACAUUCUGCAAGCUUCAGCUUCUACAUCGCAAGAAGAGGAAGACGAGUCGUACGAUGUGUUCGGUGGUGUCGAUGUGCCAGGUUCCCUGGAUCGAGGUGACGAUGCGUGCAACAAUCCCUGGUUUUCACGAUGUCCCAACCCGAAACAUUGCGACGACGACUUGCGCGAGUCUGGAAAGGGUCAUGGUGCUAAACGCACCGGCGACAUUGCACUUCACCGGGCAAAACGAGGCUUUGAAUCCACCAGCAGCGUAUCGAGCCUUGCCACGCUCGGUGGCAGCAAGACCGAGGCAGAGUCGACCGACAUGGAAAGGGCGCCAUCCACGGCCGCCAGCUCUGAGAGCGGUCUAGCACCUGCCUCGCCCCUUUCGUCUUCAGCCUUCUCUUCGGUAGGUACGGUGGCAGGCUUUGGCUCCAUGUCGACGUCUUCCGUGUCGUCACGGCCAGGGUCACAGAUCCAUGGUAGCUUGCCGUUCGCGGGUCAGCAAGUCCGAUUUGCGGACGGCUCGCAGAGGAGCCUUACAUCGUCUGGUUUUGGUCGUUCGUGGUCAUCUUCGCGGCCGAGCUUCGGGUCCAACCGUGCGUUGGCCAGCCCAGCCAGCACCCAGUUUGUGCGGGGUUUUUCCAGCUCUUCUGUGCUCUCGGCCUCUGGAUUGGAUCACAGCACGUCGGUUGGUCUCAACGCGGGACGAGAUGUAGCAGAACGAGACUGGCCUCUGAGCGAGCAGGAGCACCGACAGGCGCCUGUGUUCAGUCAAGCGGGCGAAAUUCGUCUCGAGUGGAUCUCGCAUAUUGGAGGCAUUCGGGUGGCCAAGCUGGGAGAAGCGCAGGUCGAGCUAGACGACAACCUUCGUGCAUCACCUGCAUCGCCAGCAGAAACGGAAGCAUCGCCACCAAACUUGCUGGGAGCGAUGGGUGGGUUUGAAAACAAGGAUUUGCUGCCGAUAUUGUGGAGAGGAUGCAGUCGCGGUUGCCUUGACUUCCUUGUCUGA